CGCACGGCACUGGUCACCGGGCCCCGCCGCUUCGGAUAACUGAUGCUGAUCAUUGAUAAUCCGUCAUACUUCGCGUUUUCGGACAAAGAUGUCACAGACAACGUUCCAAAUGCUUCUGGAGGUGAACAGUAUUCCAGAUCAGCUCCUACUAGGGCUUGGGCGGAUGGAGGUCGACCCCUGAGCUCUCCUCGCAGAAGGGAACCAGAAAGCCCUAGAAGAAAAGAAUUUCGGGCCCUUCUGAGAUCGCUUUCAGCGAAGGAACCAGAACAAGCCGAGGCAUUCCUGAAGGGCCAACCGAGACCAGGGGACUGUGCGCCUGGUGACAUGAGGACAACAUACACUGCGCCGCGGAUUAAAAAAGGCAAAAUUAGUGCAAAAGUGAUGACAGCAGAUGGUACCAAAGAGCAAGAGGAAAUAUUCUACACAAUACCCUUACAUGGGCGACGGCGACAUUCCGUUGGGGGGUACUUAGCCACAGGAUCAGCGGGAACUGGCGAAGUUACUAGUGUGCCCAGCGAAGUUCCAAAGAUGCCACCGCCGAGGUUUACUCAGACUGAAGACGAAACUGUCAAAAAAAGGCGACCGAAGAAUUUCGCAUUUAAAGAGAUGGAAGACAUUGCGAUUCUGUGGAGUUCAGCAUCACCUGAAAGCGGACUGUGGUCAGAUUAUCUAGUGGAUAGCUUCGAUAAGAUCAUGUCGCAGCGUGCAAGACAUCACUAUCGAGUUACACCAAUAACUGCGGAGGAGCUAAUGUCUUCAGACUCGCAAGAAAAAUUAGAAAAACUGUGCAAAGCUCAAUUACAAAUAGUUAUAUUAUGCCCUAGUCUUACAACCAAAAUGUCGGAAUUAAAAAGAGACCUGAAUUCCGAGAAUUUAUUCAAAGUCGAUAAAGUGUUAGUCAUGCUUCUUGGCGUGGAAAAGAAUCAUGUUGUUGCUAAUAAUUGCGAAGAUUACCCAACAAUAGACCAAUGGCAGAUGAUGUGUGUCCGAGAGAAAGAUACCUCAUUUGUUGACACAUUUCUGACUGCUGCUGUCGGUAUACUACGUACUAAAGACUGUAAGGACACUGCCACGGACCGAACAAGCUUUUCUAUUGUACCGAAGAAAGUUAAAAUUGGUCAAAGUCGAGUGAUAGCACUUCUCAACGAUCCCAUUAGGGAAGAGGACAGUAUAAAGAUAAUGGUUGACAAAAAAGGAGAGGUCAUUCAAAUACCUACUUUCAAAAAGAGAAAUCCAUAUACUCUACAAUUUGAUAUACCAGAAUCGUGCCUGGAAGUUUCAAUGUUGGUUUGGGUGCGAGUCAGCAAGAACGGCCAGUCUUUGGGAAGAAGACAAAUUAAAUGCGAGAGUCGGUUGAGAGAACUGGACCAGCUGUUGAGAGCAUCGGAUCAUCCUUUAGAAUUUAUGUGCCAGACAUUAGGAUUUAAGACUACCAGUAAGGAACAAUUAGACAGCUGGAUGUUGAACGCUUUCCAGAAAAAUAUUCCCCCACAUUUUAACUUGCUCUCAUCAACGGAGCAGUACAACCCGAAAGCUGACAUGACAAGCGGUGAGGAAUACCCCACACUGCUGCAUUGGGCCGCGAGGUUCGGCUUGGAGCGUGUAUGCUGGCAGCUGCUAGAAUGCCCUGGAGGUGGUGCGGCCGUGGCGCUACGUAACGUGAGGCAACGCGCACCCGCCGACCUAGCGCGAGACCACAAGCACCACCGUCUCGCUGACAUGCUCGCUGAUCAUCUUAAAAUAAAUGAGUUCUCAAACAUGUAUUAUUAUUUGAAAAAUAUGUCAGACAAUGACAAAGAAGACGGUCAGGAGGAGGAUGAAACAAAUGAAGAAGAACUUUGCAUAGUCGAAACGACCGACACCGUCGAUUCGCCAAACAUUGAAAAUAUUAAGGAUUCAGAAAGCGCAGUCGUAACUGAUCCGUUCAGCGAAGCCUGCACUCAGAACUUGGAGGAAACACUAGCGAAGAAAGAAGAGAGAAAACCGAGACCUAACUUAAAAAUACCGAAAGUAAAGGAACAGUUUUAUCAGAAUGACUUUGCAAUACACGUGCACCAUGACAAAACUGCAGAUCGAAUUCAACAAGCCAUCGAACACGAUUAUCUUGUGCAACCCUCCAAUAUAAAAGUAGAAAGCCCAAAAUUCCGCCCAAAUAAUCUAUACGCAAAUAGUUCGAGACUGCUUCCCCACCAAUCAGAUAUAUUCCUAUAUUCCCCCACCGAAGAGUCAAAGACUUUUACAAUUGACACUCCAACAAGUGAUAUUAGUCAAGUAAAUUUAAGUACCAAAGACAUCCGCCAUAGCGGUAGCAUAAAAUCUGGUAAAGAUGCAACGGGACAGGAAGAAUUAGCAGAAAUAAUUAAUGACUUUAAAAAUAACGUAUUUACUAUUUCUGAAGUGGAAAAACUAGUGAUGGAGUGGAAAAAUAGAAACGAAACGCAGCAAUCACUUAAAGAGAAACAGGAACAAUUGAACAAGAUGCGCGAUGAAUAUGAUAAAAUUCAGCAAAAAAUAAAGGAUAACCUGAAGAGGCCCACGCCGUUCGAAAGAGUGAAGAAAAUGUUUUCGAAGAGUAAAAGCAAACAUCAUGAUAACAACACUGGCACGAUUGAGAAAAGAAACGGGAACACAAGGCCAAACAGUAGUUUGAGCGAAAGUUCUUCUUCCUCCGGUCGGCUUAGUACAGUUAGCGGUGGCAGUGUAGGAGAAACGAACAGCGUUCAAUCAGAAUUAGACGAUAAAGCUAGAUCUAUAAUAUCCGCGAGCACUUUGACAAUGAAUUCGUGCGACAGCGACAAUCGCCUUGACGACUACUUGAUUCCACCGCCGCCGCGACCCCUCAACGGAUGUCCUCAAUUUACCACAUUUGGACAUCCGAAACACGAAAAUAGAGCUCAACAUAUGGCGACGAUCGUCGAAAAAGAAGCUUCGGCAUCGAGAGAAAGAUUAGACUGCGAUUCUGAUACGAGUUCAACACACCUGCGACUGAAUUUCGUCCCACGCGACAGAUCUGUCGCCAGCCGUUGCGAUGAUCGCGACGGGGCGCACAUGUACAUGAACAUUUCCGCCACGCACACAUAAUCAAAUGAAAAACCAGAACCUAGUUCAAUUAAAAAAACAUUUUAUAUAUACUUAUUAAAAUCGACUGCACGAAAUACAAAAACUUAAAUUAGUAAGUGCCAAUUUCACGAAAGUACCCUUUCACAGAAAAUCUCAUAAAUCACAAUAGUAUUUCAAUAUAUCUGUAAAUUAUUACGAACUUUACCGUGUGACUUUAACUGGGUUGGCUAAACGCAAAAGUUGAGGGAUCCACUGAAAAAUAUAUGCAAUUUUAUUAUAUCCAGAUUCAGUAUAAUAUAAGAUCAAAUCAAGAAUUCUAUCAUCAGUUACAGAUUCUUUGAACCUUAGAUUAGACGUCAUUGCAACAUGGACCUGAAGUCAAUCGUUUUAGAGUCGCCAAUUCGGUGCGCAAUAUUUUAUUAACGUUGUGCCAAGCACUAGCUGUAGAAUUGCCGACAAAUUUGAGCUUUAAAGCUAUACAACAAGUUCCAUUUUACUCUGGCGUUCUACUCGUACUAAGGAUACUGAACUGUUUGAAUUACUUCUGCGUAGUGUAAUUAUUUGUAGUUAUUAUGAUCCUUAGACGAAUUAUAUGAUUGACAACAUGACGACAGUGAACCAUAUUAAGAGGUACUAAGUUUGACAAGCAGCAAUGUGGUUUGCAUGUUUAAUUAAAAGUUAAGAAUUACAACCGCACGGUUUGUGUCAAAAAUAUUUACUGUUUUUACUAGUCUUUCAAAAUGUACCUACUACC